AUGGCGAAAGAUAAAGAAAAGAAAGGAAACUAUUCUGGUUUAUUCUUUGGUAAUAUCACAAAAGAUGGUGAAUUAGAUUUAGAAGAAGAUGGUUUCUUUGAUAAGCAAUUGAAAGAUGAUCUCGAUACAUUCACAAAGAAAGGAUCGUAUUUGAAUAUAAAGAGUUUGGGUGUCGAUGCCGAUGACCAGAAGGGUGGUGCUGGUGCCGACGAGCAGUUGGUUAGCACCGGCGGUAGCAGCAGGUCGUCGAGUGCCGUCGACUUUGAGGAUAUCGAUGAGUUGGCCGACGACAUCAACUCGAUCGAGAAUGAAAUCAACAAGCGUAAUGCAGAUAAACUAGCGAAACAAGCUGAAGAGAAUAUAGCAAAGUUGGCACAACGAUUGAAAGCCAAUGCAACAACAACAACAACGCUGCCGCCAUCACUAACGCCAUUCAGACAACCAUCGCUGUUUCAACCUCCGACUACAACGACAACGACGAUCGCAAAGAAAAAAAUAGAAGAUGAUUUCGAUUUCGAUGAGGAAGAGGAAACAUCGGCAACAUCAGCACCACCGAAAUCAUCGAUGAUGACAACAACAACUACUACUUCAACAACAACAGCAGCGGCAGUAUUGAAAGUUGGUAUAGUUUCACCACCCGCAUUCGGGGCAGUUUCACCAUCUGCAACAUCAUCAUACAAACCAAUUAUAGUUAAAAAAGAGGAGUCAGUUCAUUUAGAGGAAACAAGUUCAAUAGAUAGAGUAAAAGAAAUAGCCAGUGAUGAAGAUGAAGCAGAAGAAGAAGACGACGACGAUCAUAUGCAAUUAGAUGAUACGAAUAAAACAACAGUUACAAAAACAUCAACAACUACAACAUCAACAACAGCAACUACAUUAGAUAAACAAUUACAACAACAACAACAACAAAAGAAAAAGAUAUCACCAAAGAAAUUUAAAUCAACAGUACCAGCGGUUUUGGAAGCUGUUAAAUCUAUAUUGGAACGUCCAGAAGAUUUCACAACGGAGAAUGUAGAGUUUAAAACUUUUUGUUCUGGUAAUACGUUGGACGGUGGCGCAAUCUUUAAGUUCUCUAAUCUUUUCGCACCGAAAAUGCCAAUGAAUUGGCGACGUAGAGCGAAGCGACACAAGGCAACUCCAGCCGUUCAGAUAACAGAGGAUUUGUUGGAGCCAGACGAACAGACGGCAUUCAAUACUACACUGUCUUCGCAAGCCAGUGGUUUGCCGGCCGGCGCAAUCGAUGGCUCGGAACAGGGUACGAUCGGUCCCGACGGCAAACUCAUUGCGCUGUCAUCGUCGGCAGUGAGUUCACCCAUAUUGAAAUCGGUGGAUGACCAACGCAAAGACUGUAUGGUUCUGCUGCUUCACAACCAGAAACUACAACAACAGCUACAGGACGAUGAGAAUCUAUUCGAACCACUGCGCGAUCGACCCGAUGAAAUCUAUGUCGACAGCUUCUCUGCUGUGCCUGACGAGUUGUAUCAACCGCUCUCUCAACUGGAUUGGGAGGAUCAAAUCAUUUGGGAACCAAAGGAAACCGAGGAGGACGACGAUCCUCUGCUACGAGCGAAACGACAAACACAAUCCAAUUUACCACCGACUUUUCUGAGUGCAAGUGUACAGAUUGACAGAGAACUGGACGAGCCUAGUGCUGGUGCCGUUGCUGCUGUUGGCGAACCGGACCAGGCUGCUGGCGUUGUUGGCGCGAAGCGAAAGCGUUGGGGUGAAUUAGAGGACUAUACUUAUUAUCCAUUGAAACUGACGACCGACCAACAGAAACAGCAGUAUCAACAACAACAGAAAGAACAAAACAAGCUGGAUGAAACACAGGUUGAGUUCAAGUCAACGAUAAAAGAUCAAUGGUCGCUGUUUCCGCUGCACAAUUCAGAGUUGGAAGCGGGUGACUGGAUAAAUGAUAUCGUUUGGGAUGAAUCGGCACCGAAUUACAAGCCAAAAAUAAGUUGUCUGAUAUUGGAUUUGAAUGAUAGGAAUAUGUUGUUCGAAGAGCACAUCAUUAGGAAGACGGACGCACACGAACCUGACCAGGUGACUUCCAGCAAGAAGGGCAAGUCCAAGAAGAAGCAAGCCGCUGCCAAUGCACUGGCAUCGGCCGAUGCCAACGCCGCCAAUCUCGCAGCACAACAGCUACUAGGUAUCAACGAUAAAUUCAAUCUUUCCAACGAUAAAUUCUACAAGACUCUUGGAAAGGGCAGAGUACGUCAACAGUCUGGAAAAAUGUCGAUUCAACACUCACUGCCUGCCAUCAAAUUGUCGUUGGUUAAAACACAUCUCUCGAUUGAGGAUCUCACUCAUAUGCAUCGUCCAGUCAUUGCUUUCCAAGCUGGACAUCAAUUCCGAAUUGCUCUCUACAAUAAAGAUCGUCCAGACGACAAGCCAAAACAGCGUGGAUCGAACCGUGCCGAUCCAAUGAAACACAAGCUCGACUUGUCUGCGCGUGAAGGUCGUGUCAUCUUUGUGGAAUACAUGGAACAGAAUCCACCAUUGCUCAGCAACGUGGGUAUGGCAACACGCGUUCGUAAUUACUAUCGUAGGAAGAAUUCAGACGACGACCAAUUCCUGACGUUUGACGACGGUGAAACUGUGAUGCUCGACCACAACGAUGAGUCGCCAUUCCUCGGAGAAAUCAAUCCCGGUGUUCCCAUACAAUCAAUGGUCAACAAUCUCUACAAGGCACCGAUUGCUAAGCACAAUCCAAACCCAACCGAUUUCCUUCUGAUUCGUUCGCGUGACGGAAAGAAAUGGUAUAUUCGUGAGAUGGGAACGAUGUAUACGGCCGGUCAGAUGAUGCCAGAGAUUGAAGUUCCCGCGCCAAACAGCAGGAGCGCCAAUAUGUUUGUAAAGUCACGUCUCCAAGCUUACAUCUACCGUUUAUUCCUAAAGAAAUCAAAUAUUCAACGACGAUUGAAGAUAUCCGAUGUUUGUACAGCUUUUCCAGGUCAGUCGGAAACAUCGAUUCGUAAGCGUCUCAAAGAUUGCUCUGACUUCCAGCGUGGUGGUGACGACAGUGGUUGGUGGACGGUAAAAGACAACUUCCCACUGCCGACCGAAGAGGAACUCCAAAAGUUGGUGACUCCCGAAGUUGUUUGUGCCUACGAAGCUAUGUUGUCAGGACUCCAGAGAAUCCAGGAUUCCGGUAUCAUUCACUUUACCAAUGCCGGUACCAUUCCUACGAUGCUCAGUAAUCUCGAUGAGAACGAACCACUGAGGAAGAAAUGCAAACCGGUGGAAGACGAACUCAAUCAGACUCCAUGGAAUCUGAGUGCCAGUUUUGUCAGUGCCAUGCAAGGUAAGGGUAAACUCCAGCUAAUUGGCGACGAUCCACGAGGUGAGAUGUUUAGCUUUUUGAAGAUGCCACAGAAAGUUGUCAAUCAGAAACAAAAGGCAAUUAAACAAGCACUCCAAAAGAACCAGGUCACUGGUACCGAUGCAGAUUUGAGAAAGUUGUCGUUGAAGGAGUCAAAGAUUGUGUUGUUGCAGCUCGGUGUCACUGAGGAGGUCAUUAACAAUCUCACAAGAUGGCAGCGAAUUGCGCUAGUUCGUAAGAAAUCUUCGGAGGCAGCACUUACCAAUGGAACCGAUGGAUCUAUGACCAAGUUUGCUAGAGGUUCGAGAUACUCGUUGGAUCACCAGCAACUUCAGUACAAGGAGCAAUGUCAAGAGAUCUUUGAGAAUCAGAUGAAGGCAAUCGGUGGCGAUGGAGAAGAUGAAGCUGAUUUGGAUCAGGAUUUGGAGGAUCUCCAGAAGGAUCUGGAAGAGACAUUGUUUGCCGACCAGCAAUCAUCGCGAAAGUCUGGCAAGGUAGACAUGUUUGGCAGAAGAAUCGAAGAUGAAGACGAAGACGAGGAGGAACGUGAGGAAUUUAAUAAAUUGAUGGAUGAAAUGACCAGUAAUCCACCUUCACCCAGUAGCAAAUCUACGACAACCACAACAACGACGACCACCACCACUUCAACCUCUGACAAAAACACACAGGAACCAGCCACUCCAAUGUCCACCACACACGAUAGCAGUGGCGAUGAAUCAGAGAUGUCAUAUAUGGAUGCCAAUGCCGAUGUCGAAUUUGUCAAGCGUGUUACACUCUUCCCCAAACCAGACGGUAGUAUCUAUCGUAGAAUUGAAAUCAUUCGUGAUCCAGCGUUGAUUAAGGAGUACAAGAAACGUCGCGAUGAGAAGCGAAAGGCAAGUGGCGCACUCGAUGAAGAGGAAAUGAAACGUCAGAGACGUAAACUCCAAGAGAAACUACGUCGUCUCAAACGUUCCGAGUCAGGCCCAACCACCAAUAUGCCUGGCAAACCAUCGACACCAGGACAAUCGCCAAUGGUCGAUUACAGUGGCCACCACCAACAACCGAUCAUUGGAUUCAGUGGUGGUAACAUUCCGAUUCGUUCCAGUUUAUCUGAACAGCCCUCUAUCGUUUCGAGUCCAUCGCCAGUGCUACUACCAAAGAUUAAGAUUCCAUCAAACAUGGUGAGAAGCAGUAUGGAUAGCAUGCACUUUGAAGAACCUCAGAGUCCAGUACCAAGUCCAAGUCCAAGCACACUUUCACAAUCUGGUUCGAUCAUUGUUCGUAUCAAGAAGGAGGAUCUCCCACCCAUCUCCAAAAAGAGAGAACGUGAAAAGAGUAAAAAUGAUCUUAUGGAUGACUACAUCGACCAGCCAAUUCGUACCUCCCAAAGAAGAACAAGAGUUAGAAAAGAUGGUAGUGGUGCUGAAGUUGAACUAUCAAAUAUCUUUGAAAAGAUUAUUGAGAAAUUAAGAAAUAUGGAUGAAUUUGUUGCAUUUAGAAUUAAAGUUACUCCAAAAAUUGCGCCCGAUUAUCAUUUGGUUAUUAAAAAUCCAAUUGAUUUGACAACAAUGAGAGAUCGUGCAAGACAUUGGGAAUAUAAAACAAAGAAUCAAUUUUUGGAUGCUAUCAAACUGAUGCGUUCUAAUUGUUUUGAAUACAAUGAAAAGAGAAAUCCUCAUUUACUCCCGAUUGCUGAUAAAAUGUUAAGAGAAACUGAAAUAUCAUUACAAGAAUAUGCCUCACAAAUCGAAACAUUAGAAAGAUCAAUUUCACAAUCUAAAUUCACAGAGUCUAAUCCACCAACACCUAUUUCCAAUCCUGCCACACCCAGUAGUCCACCUAUGCAUUUCAGUGUUGAUUCGCCUUUCUUCCCACCAGUAUCAUCCUCUAAACACGAAGACGAGGAAGUUGAUAUAGUAUCGCUCUCUGGUGUUUCUCCAUCAACCCAUUAG